GACUCACUCACACACACACUCUCUCGUGAUGUUAAUGCGGUGUGUGUGUGUGUUCAGACGGUGACUCCGGCUCCAGGAGAACACCCGCUGCAGUAUAACUACACCUUCUGGUACUCGCGCCGCACGCCCAGCAGACCCGCCAACACUCAGAGCUACGAGCAGAACAUCCGGCAGAUGGGCAGCGUGGCGUCGGUGGAGCAGUUCUGGAAGUUCUACAGUCAUCUGGUGCGGCCCGGAGACCUGACGGGACACAGCGACUUCCACCUGUUCAAGGAGGGAAUCAAGCCCAUGUGGGAGGACGAGGCCAAUAAGAACGGGGGGAAGUGGAUCAUCCGGCUCAGGAAGGGUCUGGCGUCCCGGUUCUGGGAGAACAUCAUCCUGGCGAUGCUGGGAGAGCAGUUCAUGGUGGGAGAGGAGAUCUGCGGCGUCGUCGUGUCCAUACGCUUCCAGGAGGACAUUCUGUCCAUCUGGAAUAAAACGGCCCAUGAUCAGGUGACCACGUCACGGAUACGAGACACACUGCGACGCGUGCUGAACCUCCCGCCCAACACCAUCAUGGAGUACAAGACACACAACGACAGUCUGAAGGAUAAUUCCAGCUUCCGGAAUACGAAGAUCACUUUGUGAAAACCUGGAAAUAAUUUUCAUAUGGACAUUCCUUUUUACACCACGAGCCAGCGACGCAGAAUGAACGCUCUGUGUGUGUGUGUGUGUGUGUGAUGAUAAUAUUGUCCUGAAUUAUUCCACCGGUUUGAUUGAGUCUGCUUUAUUCCUGUCACGUGUUUCAUCAGAUUCAGUGUUUUUGAA